AUGGAAAGCCAAAUCAUUGCUUUUUGUUUGCUCGCCAUGGCUUGCACUCUGGCAAUGGCCUUUGAGCCAAGUCCAUUACAAGAUUUUUGUGUUGCAGACUACACUAGUUCAGCACGAGUGAAUGGCCUCCCGUGCUUGGACUCGAAGCUAGCACAAGCUGAACACUUCACCUACAGCGGCCUUCAUUUAGCAGGCAACACAUCCAACCCUCUGGGCUUCAGCGUCACUCCUGUGACAGUAGCUCAAUUACCUGGAUUGAACACGCUUGGAAUAGCAUUGGUACGUUUUGACUAUGCACCAUGGGGCAUCGCUCCUCUUCAUGUCCACCCUCGAGCCACUGAGAUUAUUACUGUCUUAGAAGGCAGCAUUCAGGUUGGCUUUGUGACCUCCAACCCAGACAACAAGCUGCUUAGCAAAGUCCUACAAAAGGGUGAUGUUUUUAUCUUCCCAAUGGGCCUUGUUCACUUUCAGCGAAAUGUGGGAAAUGGAAAUGCUGUUUCCAUCUCUGCCUUGAGCAGCCAAAACCCUGGAAUUGUCAUUGUAGCAAGUUCUGUUUUUGGUUCAGUACCAGGUAUUGACGAUGAUGUUCUCACCAAGGCAUUUCAGGUGGAUAAGAGUACAAUCGAUAACCUCAAAGCACGAUUUUAA